UCCAGGAAGUAUUUUGGUUACCCAAGGCGGAAGCGUAUAUUUUACUGAACCUGAAAGUGUUUUCAAGAAAGAACAUUGUUUACUAGGACCAACACGGUUACAACUCACUAUUCACAGGGAGGAUUGGGUGUCUUUACGUUGUUGGUAGACUAGGUGACCCAACCGCUGCCCGAUCCGAUCUGGUUCUUCCCACCGGGAGUUUUGGCCUCUGACCCCGCUCACACUCAGUGCUUCCAGACUCGGCGUUAACCUGUAGUUUCAGCCCAUCUCAUAGUUAACUGCCCCUUUCUCUGUCAAUGGCUGGGCGUGGUGGAGGAUCGACCAGGCCAAAUGGUGCUGCCGCAGCAAGCAAAAUCUGCCAAUUCAAACUGGUGCUGCUCGGGGAGUCAGCCGUGGGCAAGUCCAGCUUAGUGCUGCGCUUCGUCAAAGGCCAGUUUCAUGAAUUCCAGGAAAGCACCAUUGGAGCCGCCUUCCUCACUCAGACCGUCUGUCUGGACGACACCACUGUGAAGUUUGAGAUCUGGGACACAGCCGGUCAGGAGCGCUACCACAGUCUGGCUCCAAUGUAUUACAGAGGCGCGCAGGCAGCCAUCGUGGUCUACGACAUCACCAACACAGAUACAUUUACAAGAGCAAAGAACUGGGUGAAGGAGCUGCAGAGACAAGCCAGCCCCAACAUAGUGAUCGCUCUGGCUGGAAACAAGGCCGACAUCGCAAACAAGAGAGCCGUAGACCUUCAGGAGGCUCAAACAUACGCUGAGGACAACAGUCUGCUGUUCAUGGAGACCUCAGCUAAGACUGCCAUGAACGUCAAUGAAAUUUUCAUGGCUAUUGCAAAGAAGCUCCCGAAGAGCGACCCCCAGGGAGCUGGAGCGGGGGGGCGGACCAGGACAGGAGUGGAUCUACAGGAGUCUGCGCCUCAGAGCCGCAGCAGCCAGUGCUGCGGGGGGGGCAACAGUGGCAAUUAGCAAGUACAAAACCAUGAACUUAGUGAGCGAGCACUGAACAUCGUUUUAAGGACAGCACGUAGCUAAAAUCCCAGAGAGGCAGGAGAGGGCAGAGCCACUCGCCACCCUGCACUUAAACUGAGAUUACAGAUGAGAUUAUCUGGAUCCUCUUUGAUUAAAGGAACAUUUUUUUUAAAGAAUCAUAAGCUAGAGGGAAUUACCAAGAUCCCUCACUACUUCUCUGUCUCUCCCCCGUGUUACUAUCUACCUCCCUGUUCCUCUUCGGCCUCCCCCUCCUUUGAUUGAAUUCUGUCUUAAAAUAUUAUUUUUUUGAAGAGUGAUGCUGAGGUUGUUUGCCAUUUUCCGUAUUUGUGUGUGUGUAUGUGUGUGUAUGUAUGUGUGUAUAGUACAUACACAUACAUGUAUAUUGGCAGUUUACUUUUCUACUCAUCCCUCUAUAUUGAUCAUUACAAUUAAAGAUACAAAUACCCAACUACUAAUGCGGAAAUUGCAUACGACAGAGCAUUUAAUCUUUUAAGGUUUUUGUCUUAUUGCAAUUUAGAGAACAGCAUUCUGUUCUUGCUAGGGACCUGGACAUGACUCAGUUAUAAGGAAAGCUCUAGACUUUGCUUCUCGAAGCAGGUUGUGAUUUAAUAGGCUACACUUCUGAAGAUGUUUCUGAACUGUGCAACAAAUGCAGUUGUUUGCAUUCAUUGUGUUUGGAUACCUGUAACACCCAAGAGUUGUUAGCCUUUUUUAAAAGAAAUGUGAAAAUAACGUGUAAAUCUAAAAAAAAAAAGUAAUAAAUAACAUGCAAGAUUU